AUGUAUUCGGCCGUCGGACUGUACAUAUUACUGUGGUUAGCACAACCUAUACGACAAAUCAGAGCAGAUAAUGGUAUGUUUUUUUAAUUUUUUACAAUAAUUUUUAGUUUUUGUCGUAUUUUAGAUUUAAAUUUUGAAAAUUUUGAAGUUUGACAUAGUUUAGGUAUAAACUUGGAUAUGAAUGGGUGUUUGAAGGUGUAGUUGCCGCAAAGGAUAACAUUUUUAGCUGUGUCCUUGACUUUUUUUGAUGAGGCUUCUAUAAUGGUUUGGUAAUUAAUCGUUUUUGAUCGAAUCUCGAUAUUAUACAUGAGUAAUAUAGCGUUAUUUUGCCUUUUUUUAGUUUUUAACAAAAUUUAGGUAACAUUUUAUAUAAAUUAGGUAACAAAGAAUGUUAUUUAAGAUUUAAAAACAUAAAGAUUUGAUAAAACAAGCAUUUUAAGACUAGAAAAACUUACGGCGAAACUAAUAUAAAGCUUGCUAGAUCAGGUACGGCGGGUUAUCUUAUGCUAAUAUCUCAGCGGUGUUUAAUGUUCUCUAGAGAGUUAAAUUAAAAACCGUGUUGUUUUGGGUUUAUUACCGUAUCCAUCUACCGUUUUACAAUAAGAUUUGGUAUGGGAAAGGGACGAAAUUUGAAUUUCUGGAAAAUAUUUUUUAAAAUCAAAGUGGUUUUGGAUUGUUACACAGUUUACAGAUAUUGAUUAGCUGAAGUCAUAUGAUAAAGUUGAUAAAAUAGAUGAGAUAUUGAGAGAUUUUGGGGUUUCUGGCAUGGAUAAUAUAAAUUUUGGUAAGAAAAUUGAUUUUUUAGGUAACAAAUGAAUUUUUUUGAAAUGAGGGUUGGUAGGAGGAAAGUAUAUGUCUUGGGCACACUACCUUAUAAAGUAUUUUUAAAAUUUUGUUUUGUGUCAAAAGUUGCGAGCUAUAUUACACAGGGUAUUCGUUUUGAUGCCUUGCAUCGUGCAAACCUCAAAAUUGAAAAAAUGCGUAUUUCAACCCAAAAAACCUCUAAUAACUCUAGUUUUUGCAUAUUUUUGCAUUCUCAACUCGAAAUUAGUGCCCACCAACAUUGAAAUGGCCAAACAAAUGUGGAAAUCACAUUACUUUGGCCAAAAACCACCUCAGUCAUCAGUCAUAGUUACGACCUCCAACUGCGAACUUGAGGCUCUCAUUUGUUAUAUGCGGUUUAUCCGCUUCCUGAGAGAUAGUUUUUGAUUGGCACGAGCCGGAUCUUGACGCUGAGAUAGCGUUGAGAUCGUGGAGAGUGGGGUGGAGUAAAAGAGAUGGGUAUGUUAAGUACUUAUAUGAAUUGGCUUUGGGUUUAUGGGGUAGAUGGGGGUGUUUAACUGAUGAAUUUGGAGGAAUAGUGAAAAAGUAAAUUUAAAAAUUUGUACUGCAAUAAAAACCACUUUAUGUAGGCUUAUAAAAUUAAAAAGAGACAAAAACUAUAAAUAUCUUUAUAUUAUCAUAGUACAGAUUGACCUAGGCGUAAAGCGAAGAAGAUUUUGAUGUUUUUGACGUGACUAUGAGCCAGAUGGUUUUACGUAAGGACAAACGGUUUGAAGAUGAGCCUUGAUACGUAACUUCUGGUAAAUUAAUGUCAAAUGAUAGGUGUGAUGGUUGAGUCAGAAAGAAAAUCUUUAAGGCGGUGGUAAACGUUUUAAAGGUCUCUUUUGACAGUUUUCUGGUCGUCAUUGGCUAUAUAAGACAUUAUAUAACCUGCUAGGGCUGGUGCAAUCAAAAUUUAAAAAAAAAAGAUGAUAUUUUAAAAACUGGCAUUUCAAGCUGUUUUUAAUACCUAAAAAACCAUUUUUGUUACCUAAAAAGCCAUUUUUAAUACUUAAAGCUUCAAAAAUUUUAAACUUUUGGCGGAUACACAGCAUCUGUUGUAGUGAUGUUUGCACACCGCGAAUACCACGACAGUGUAUCUGAUUUUCACCUCGGAUUGAGUGAGUGUUUUAUUUUUGUCUUUGCAUUUUUUGAUUGUGCCGCUCUCGACAAACAAUUCUGCUUUGUAAAUCUUGGCGUUUUUUUGGCGUGGUGAGGCGGUAAAACAAAGGAAAACAGAGACUGACAAGCAAGUUUUGAAAAGCGUGUAAGCGAUAUCUGGGCUGAGAUUAGGGGAACUACAAGAUUUUACAUAAGUACAGGUUUUUUUAAGUUGAAACUUGAAAAAAUGCCAUUUUUUGAUUGUGAACUUUGAUAAGGUUUGAUAAAUUUCUAAAACAACAUUUUGAUGUAUACUAAUUGUUAUAAAACUUCAAAAUAUGACAUUUAAAAUUAAAAUACACCUAAAACUUGUUUGUCUACCUAUUGAUUUCUAAAAACUUACCUGUUGAUGUGUGAAAACUGAUAAAGAAAUUAAUUCUUAUCAUUUCUUUCCCAUGAAGAUUAUUAUAAGAACAUGCAAAACAAACAUAGAAGCCUUUAUGCGGUCAACUACACCUUCUGCUGACAUUGAUAAUAAAUUGAUAAAGUAAAUGUCUUAAUAAAUUUUUCAUAGACAUUCUAUAGUACGGGUAGUUUACUACAGUAUGACUGAAAAGUUAUAAUAUUAUCAGAAAAGACAAUUUUUACAAAUUUUGAAACUAAAGAAGAUAUUUAAAAACAAAAAUAGUAUAAAAUACAUUUAAAAUUAAAAAUACUUGUUCAGCGAAGCCAGUAAUCAGAGAGCAUCCACUUGACGUAUUAGUGGACAAAAAUGACCCAGCUACGUUAAGAUGUAAUGUAACUGGAGAUAAUGUAAAAAUUACGUGGUACAAGGAUGACCAACCGGUUAAUGUUGGAAAUGCUCAUCGACUCAUCUUGCCAAAUGGAUCGUUAUUUCUUCUCAGGGCUGAUCAUGGUAUGUUCUGGUUGAUUUUGUAAAAAAAUGUGAAUUUAAAAAUAUUUUGUGGAUUUAAGAUUUUGUGACGAAAUGUCAAUUUAUGAUUAUUGGAAAAUUGAAUUUUGUGACAUUAAGUCAUUUUUUUAUUUCUUGAUACUUUUAGGCUUUUUAUCUAAGUUUAUGACAAUAUAAAUUAAUUGGUAACAUUCUACUAAGUUUUAUGUCAUACUUUCAGACCUAGGAACAUAUCACUGCACAGCAACCAACGAUAUGGGUACAGUUAGUUCGCAAUCAGCUCACGUUCGCCAAGCCAGCUUACGUGAAGAGUUUAGAGUACGGCCACAUAAUGUGAAUGCUGUACUUGGUCAGAAGGCCGUAUUGGAGUGUUCACCUCCGCGAGGAUUCCCAGAACCUUCAGUUAGCUGGAGGAAAGAUGACGAACAGUUGGAGGAUGACAGAAGAUUCCAACUUGAUCCUAGUGGCAAUUUGGUCAUUGAAAAUGUAAGGUUUAUUUAGUUUUUUUGAUAGUUUUAGGUAGACUCUAAAAGUUUUUGAUUGGUUUUUUGAAAAAUAUUGAUUAUUUUGGUAUCAUAUUAUAGUAAAAAAAUUUUUAUGUAACCUACUUUCUCUUCAGGUCCAACGCUCCGACUCCGGAGUCUAUCAAUGUGUAGCUAUGAACAUGGUUGGAGAAAGAGUAUCAGGUCCAGCACGACUGUCAGUGUCAGAGAAGCCACGGUUUUUGGUAGAGCCUAAAGACGCCUUAGGCGAUGUGAAUACAUCAGUAGUCUUUGACUGUCGUGUUGCUGGAGAACCAAGUCCAACGAUCGCGUGGAAGAAGCGGAAUUGUGUGCCAGUUGUGGAAGGAGCCAAGUGCUCGGAUUCAAUGCCAAUUGGCCGCGCUUACAUCACGGAUGAUAGCCGGGGACUUCAGAUUGAUAAGUAAGGGAUUUUCGAAUUUUAAGCUAAUUGAGGCUGUUCCGGCUUAUUAUUUGAGACUUUUGUUAAAGAAUUACUAUUACAAAAAAAGUUUAUUCGAAGUUUUAUGUUACAGUAGUAUAUUACAGUAGGAGAAUACUUUUUUUAUUACAUAGUGUAACUCACUUACCUUCAUUCCAAAUUACCGUACCCUACUAACCCUUUUAUCCCAUCAAAAUUAGAAUAAAUUAUUAGAAAUACAUUAGAUAAGGAACGGAUCAUGUUUUAAAAGCAUCAGUGUGGCCAUUUUUUGUUUCGUGGACAAAGUAGAGAUCUUGUUUUAUAUUUUUCAAUUUUUUAUUGGACUUAAAGCCGAAAUUUUACAGUUUAGCGGCGAUUUAAAAGUUUUUUUUAUUGCUUUGCUGUUUGCAGUUUGUUUUGAAUGUUAAAUUGAUAAUAAUUUUAAAAAUGUUAAAAUUUUUGGCGAUUUUGAGAGGCGUAAGGUUUUAAAAUAAUAGGUUUUAUCGGGGUAAAAUGGGAAUUAAUAAGUAGAUGGUGGAUUGUUUGUGAGUUUCAAUUUGAUAUUCUGCUAUCGCGUAUUUUACUUUAGAAUAUUAUGUAAUAUUUAGUUUUAAUUUUAUUAACUGUUAACUUUUUUGAAGGCUAAUUGCAAUAACUUUUACCUUUCAGGGUCCAACCAGAAGACGAAGGCGACUACGUGUGUGUAGCCAAAAACAGUGCCGGAGAGAUCGAAACUUCAGCCAAACUGCGAGUACAAGCACCACCGAAGAUAGUCAAAGGGCCCAAGAAUCAACAACUAAAGCCAGGAGACGCGGCCGAGUUUGAGUGUGAAGUUACCGGUCGGCCAAGUCCAGGCGUUGUCUGGAGCAGAGAAGGCGAACGGCGCUUCACGUUGAUGAGCGGUCAAGAAACGCAGAACGGCCGAAUCGAAGUUUCUGCGUUAGGAACGUUAAGGAUCAAGGAGAUCAACGAGUUGGACGUGGGACAUUAUGUAUGUGCGGCUGUGAAUUCGGCUGGAAGUGCGUUGAAGAAGGCUAUGUUAACAUUGGAGAUUGACGGUAGGUGGACGGAUUUUAUUUUUUAA